AUGCGUUCUUCAUUCGUACUAGUUGCUUUUGCAGCUCCUACAGCACUGGCUUUUCCAUGGCUGCGACCAGAGGGCGUUGAAGCUCUGUUAAACCACCCAGAAGCCAAGGCAGAAAUCAACCGCCGGCUGCAAGUCCGGAAUGCCGCUCAAGAACAGCCUCGGCAGCUGAUGACUGGGUUGAUACCUGGGCUGUUGGACCUACUCGGAGGCACUCUGCAGGCUACUCUUGAUCCAAUUUUCGGUCUCAUUCCAACAGAAGACUCAGUCAACGGACUCAGAAGAUUUCCUGAAGACAUUCCUCGAAACGGUAUCGCGACCAUUGGACAAAUCCAAGCUGGGACACAAGCCCUGUUCAAUAUGGGUGCGGACCUCAGUGCUCUCCUCGCAACCGGCGGGGCCCUUGAUGGCGGCGACAUCCUCUCUACAAAAAUGAGCAUCGGCGGUCCGGACUCGAGGGUUGGAAUACUCAACGGUGCACUGAACUCUCUUUUGGGCACACCAUCAGGCAUCGCAGGGCAUGGGAAGUUCAACGAAGGUGAUGCCUCAGCUACACGUCUUGAUUUCUACCUCGAGGGCGACAACAUCUCCUUCCAGCCCGAGCUCUUCAAGCAGAUGCAUCAGCAAGCUCUUGCAAAGGGAGAUGGGACAUACAGCGUGGAGACCAUCAAGGCACACUUCAAGAACCGGUACGCCGCUUCAAAAGCAGUGAAUCGCCAAUUCUAUUUCAACCUCCCUUCAGCAGCCGUCGUUAUGGGCGCUUAUUAUUUCAUUCCCGGCUUCUUCUCGAAUGGAACGAUUGGCGCAGGUGGUGUAGCGAACGAAGCCUCCAUCACCAGUUUCUACGGUGCAAAGCCCAAGAAAGCUGGUGCAUGGGCCGACCCGAACCUCGAAUAUACACACGUUCCCGAGCGCAUCCCAGAGCAAGGCUGGUACCGUCGCGCGACGCCGAUGACCAUCCUAGAAGCUGUCGCUGGUAUCCUCGAUGUCUAUCUUUCCGCUGCACCAGCAUUGGGUGGCGCGGGUGCAGACCAGUCAUUUGUCCUAGGCCCUCUCGAUGUCCCAAAUAACCCACAAGCUUUGGGCUGCUUCCUUUAUAACGCAGUAUAUGCUAAUUUCCCUUCUGAGCUGUUCAAUACGGUGGGUUUGGUGGCGACUGUGGUAAACUUCUUGAGUAGCUCGUUAGUGCCGGGGUACAGGGCAUUGGGCUGCACAACAAAUUUCCCGGAUGCAAGUGGAUUGAGCUCUGAGAGUUACGACUCGUGGGCCAAGACGUUUGUUGGAGACGCAAAGACAAAUGCUAUUGGAAGUGGGUGGUAUAAGAAGGCUUGAACAAAGUCAUUAUAGAUUCCACAAAGUACCCUGUAAAUAUAGUAUAUUAUCUUGAAGUCA